GCGGGGUUUGAACGUAGGGACGGUUGGAGCUGGCGGGAGGCGGUUGCUGUGGGGUCAGUGGCCGUGUGGAGGGGUGAUCAGUGCUCAGGGCAGCAGGAGGCUUGGCCCUGGAAUGGGAACCAGUUCUGUGACAUUCAUCAGCUGAUCUCUUUUCUUGCCUAAUGAAGGAUUGGCUCUCACAUGACAAAUGAGUAAAAUUCUCCAUUCUCAGCUGUGAGUCUGAAAAGAUGCAGCGAAGGCAGAGUUCCAAGGCCCCAAGGCUGUCUCUGCAAGGUCAUCAUAAAAGCCAAACUGAUCUCUCUGCAUGGCGAAAAGGAGGGGGAAUUGACUCUGAAAAAAGUUUGCAGAAUCAGCAAUCUGUUAAUGAUGAGAAAUACGAUAGCCAGGAAGGAUCUCUAGAGCAAGCUUUGAGCUACUUGGAGAAAGUUCAAGACUGUGUUGCACUGAAGAAGAACAGUGUUCUGCAGAAACACUUGAAUGCAGUGGAAAGUACUGCCCUGGAACAAGGGCUGCCCCCUGAAGGGUUCGAGAUAUUGCUGAAAGUGGCGCUCAGUGGCAAAUUUGCUGAUACAGUGAAUACUCGUUUAUUGAAGAGCCUGAUUCCUGCCUCAGUGGUACCAGAAAAUUCUGUGGUUACAGCUGUGUCUUGGCUCUGUGUCAGCAAAUGCUCAGGCAACAUCCAGCUGCUUUUUUUAAAGUGGCUGAUCACAGUGUUUGACUUCAUUGAUCAUAAGGAACAACUUCAUGCCCUCUAUGGUUUCUUCUUCUCCUUCCUGCAAGAUGAGAAGAUGUGCCCCUACGUCUGCCACCUGCUCUACCUGCUGACCAGGAAAGAAAAUGUCAAGCCUUUUCGGAUUAGGACUCUGCUUGACCUCCAAGCAAAAAUGGGAAUGCAGUCUCAUCUACAAGCUCUGCUAUCACUUUACAAACUUUUCUGCCCAGAGCAGGUGACCAUAACCCUUUCUGGGAAAAUGAAGAGUUACUUCAAGAAUCCAGAGGGCCCAUGGAAAGCAGCAAUCACUGCAGUAAGGCAAAGAAACCAGGGAACCUCUCCUCUGUCCCAGGCAGUGUUUUUAGGCACGUCCCAACCUCAGUCACGAAAAAGGAAAUGGAAUGCCCAGUUGGUUAUACCUGCAACCAGUACAAACACAAAUAAUUUAGAAGAGGAAGGGGAAAAGAACAGUGUUUAUUUGUACAGUACAAGCAGGUCUUUUCCAGUGGAGCAGCUGCAGACCUUCCCUCAGCUCCUACAAAAUAUCCACCAUCUAGAGUUUCCUUCCCAGAUGGGUUCAGUGCUAACAAACCCCUUAUUGCUUCACUACAUGAAUUGUGUGAAAGAUGAAUCUAUCUACCUGAGGCUCUACUAUUGGAUGGGCCAGAUGCUCCAGGAAGAAUGCACCUGGUGUGUGGUUGAUAAACCACAUGAAGAAGAAUUCAGGAGCUUCCUGGAAACUAUCUACAAGGCAGAAUGUUUGUUGCAGGAGGGAUUUUCUGCCUGUGAAGAGUUCCUUUAUAAGACCCUUCCUCUCUGGGAUGGUGUCUGCUGCCGCUCAGAAAUCCUCAAACUUGUGAGUUGGAUCCCCCUCAGCAGUUCCUCUGACAUUAAGUCAUAUCUCUAUGAUCCCCUGGCACAGCUCUUUUUCACAUCAUCUAUUUACUUUAAGUGCAGUAUUCUUGAGAGCCUGAAAGAGCUGUUGCAGAACUGGUUAAAUUGCAAUGUGAUCCAAAUGGAUUUGGAGUUUUCUUCUUUGAACACCACCCUCUCUGGACUAGUGAAUGUGGUGGCUGAACUGGUCCACUUUGUGGGAUGGAUCUCUACUGUUGCACUGCGUUUGGAAAACAAUUCCACAUUCUUGAUGUACUUCAUUCUGGAUUUCUAUGAGACUGUGUGUGACAUGUACGUGAAGUACAACCUGCCUUUGCUGAUAAUGCCUCCUGCUGGGGUUUUCUACCCAGCACUGCUCAGCAUGGAUUCUGUCAACUUGAAUCAGCUCUGCUACAUUAUGUACAGGUAUCGAACCAACUUGGUGGCUGCAAAAGAAAAUGAGCUGAAUAAAAAGAAAAUACUGCAGUUCAAGUUCAGUAACCAGACAUACCAAGAGUACAACAAGUACAUAAUAGCUAUGGUGGGCUGUCUGUGGACAUCCAGUGCAUUCCAGAAGGAUAUUCAUUCUCAAGGACUUCGUAUGGAUGAUAAGCUGCUGAGUAAAACUGCAGUGAAGGAAAUAAAAAACAGCUUUAACAUUGUCUAUCAUCCAGCCUUGAUGGGCUACUCUGUUCAAUUCUUGCAGCAGGUUUCUCCUGAUGAUACCACCUUAAACUUCAAAUUAAUUAAGGGGAAGAAGUGGGACUGGUAUCUGGAAUAUCUCUAUUCCCAAGGUUUGAAGGGGCUGAAGGUCUUUAUUGAGAGCAGCAUCAGUCGUGUUUCCCAGGCCUCUCGCAGCAAAGCAGGGAAUGUGGAAGCGUGACCCUGGGACUCACUGGAACUCUGUCAUCUGGAGCAGACUAGCAGACUGUAAAGGACUCUGUCACUAAUUCUUCUGUCCUCAGAGGAGAGAAACAGAGCAAUUACUCUAACCUGCACUUUUGUACUGACAUCUCUCUUAUGAAAGUGAAGACACAGAUGUUGAGGCUGGCUUGGUUCACUAACACCGAACCUCCUCUUGUCUCAGUUAAACUUCCUGGUCUGAAGCUGGUGAGCUAAGUUAUGUAACAUCUACCUUUUCCACCCUAGUGUUUCUCUGUUGGAGUAUCUGUUUUGAUUGAGAAACAAACAUUUUCCAUCUCAAAACUGCAGUGAGCAGCAGUGCUUCAUUUAUAAGUAAUGUUGACCCCUGACCUGCUUUCCUUAGCAGCAGGUAAUCAGCCUUUCAGGGGUGCUGUGUUGGAUUGGAGCAAAGUGAGUUUCCCAAUUCCCUGUUGUACCCCAUAUGACUUUUAACAGGCUGACCAAGCUGACUUUCCUGAAAUUAAUUUUCCUUUUGAGGCCUACAGAACAGUUUUCAUGCAAACUUUGGUUAUAAUGACCUUCUAGAGCAGCUGGAAAGCUUGGUGUUCACUUGGUGGUUUAUUGAUUUGAGCACUUGUACAGUAUUGCCACCAGCUCAACGUUUUCUGUAUUGACAAAUGCAAAUGUAACUUUUCCUUUUUGUGUUUGCAGCUCUGUAGGUGUUGUAUAUUAUUUGCAUAUAUAUGUAUAAUUUAUUUUCUGUAAAAUAUUUCUAAUGUGUCAUUUUGAAAAAACUCUUCUACAAAAUGUAUCUUCUGUCAUUUCAUUUCAAGUCUGAGUAAAAGCUGAGAGAAGCUGAACUGA